GAAGAAGGGUGGAGGAGGAGGCAGAGCCAAGAUGUCUUCCUCUAGCCUCGAUGACCCUCCUCCCAGUCAUCACAGCAUCCUUCCUUAGAAUCCUGGCAUACAUCUACGUCGUCUCAUCAGUCUUACUGUCGCUCUUUGCUGCCAACUUCAGACCAGGUCCGACAAGUGCUUGGCAGCGAUGAAGAACCCAUCGCAGCUUCACUUUCUGCGUCAACUUCGAGGUUCUCAGCAGCAAUGGUUGUGCUCCGCACGGCAAUCGAGAGGGAAUGGCGCAUGCCCUGCUCAUCGCUCGUCGAACAGAUUCGCCUCCAGCUCCUCCAACGACAAAUUCUCUGCAUACAGAGAUAGGGAUCAUGACUUCAAGCAAGAUUUACCGAGGUGGUCAUCGAGCUCAUGGGAGGAUAGAGGAGGAAGGGGAGAAGAAGGAAGAAGGCAUCGGAGGGAGGGGAGACAAAGUCCAGCAGGCUAUGACAAGGGUAAAGGAGGCUCCGCGAGGAGAGGGCGUCAAGGUGAUCGUGGUCGAGACUCAAACAGCAGACGCUACCAAGCAUCAAACGCGCACUCGACAGAGCCCGACGAAGGAUAUGCUACGUUUCCGAAGAUUAAAAAUGCUCACUCAACUUCGAGCGAACAACGUGGCACGUCGAGCGGCAGGACUUACCAAAUGCUAUCCACGGUAGAGAUGAUGCUCAGCAGGAGAGACAGGAAUCAACCUGAUCAUUUGAAGCCUAUACAUUAUCGUGGCAAAUUGGCAUCUACCGGCUUGAAAGUGGGGCAGAUUGUAUUCAAGAACAAGAGCGCAUACAAGUUGUUUGAGCUCGAUUCGAAGUUGAACAUUCUUCGCGGUCCGUCAGAAGAACAUCCAGAGAGACAAGUCGUAGUAGAUUUGGGGGCGUAUCCUGGAGGCUGGACAGAAGUGGCGAUCGACACGCUCAGACAACGCGAAGACAGAGCCAGACAGCAUGGCUUGUUGCUUAAAGCGGGAGGUGACGCGUCUACGGCAACGAAGGAGGAUGAGGAGCCAUUGGUUUGGUCCAUCGAUAUCAAGUCGGACAUUUUGAAAGCGCUUGAGGAUAGCUCCACCACCAUUGUCCAUGGUGACUUCUUGAGACAUGAUGUGCAACUCCUUCUCCAAGAUUCUAUCAGGAGCAAAGUUGGCCGGGAAGAUUCCCUUCUGGUAGACAACCUCAAUUCGAACGCUCCCCACGCACCGCCAGUGGCUUCUGAGAACACAGAGCAAACUCAGAGAUUAGAUCACCCUGGAGACAACCUUGACGGUGGUGAUGAUGAAGGAACCAGGCCAUCAGAGGAGCAGACCGAUAGUGAAGCGAUGUCCGAAGCGCCAUUGCCGAAGUUGUAUCCACUGCCGAAGGUGCCGGGCAAAUCGGAACCUCCAUCAGAGGCAGAGACGAGAAGACUUCAGGAAUCGACUGACAAGUACUUGGAUCCUUCAGGCAAAUCUCAGCGACUGGUCAAUGUCGUCAUGAGCGACAUGUGUCCCAGUCUCUCUGGCAGCAAGGCGCGAGAUGAAGAGGCCAUGCUCAGGCUUCUGACAGCUUCCUUUAGCUUUGCAUAUCGCAACCUCAAGUGGAGCGCCACGGUGGCACCUCAUAAGAUUUCGCCGAACGGGGAUAAAUCGUUGAAAGCGAGCUUGAAAGAAAGACAGAGAAUGGCAGGGAGCGUCUACGUGGCCAAAUAUUUCCCUGGAAAGACGGCCAACGCGUUUCACAAGUCGACUCUGCUGCAUGCGUUUGAGCACAUCAGACUGGUCAAGUGCAAAGCUUCAAAGGAUACGAGCAUAGAAAUGUUCUUUGUCUGCUUUGGCCUCAAACCUGGCUUUGAGAGGUACUUGCAACGGAUGGAACAGGAGAAUUUGGACUUUUCGAACGACCAGUCAAGUCACGUGGCCCCGACAAUCUCUACGGCAAGGGAGAGAAGGGGCGAAUGCUGAGCAGCUGAUCAGAGACGGAGCCGCCAAUCUGGGCAAGAGACGAUUCAUGAUUACGCUUUAUGUUGCGCUGCGUCGAAGGUGAGCGUCGCAGAGCCAUUUCGUCUCACUGCAAGAUUAUGCACCACGCGGCCGACAACUUGUCUGAGCUGGAGCUACUUCAAGUCACCUACAAUGAGAUCGUCAGGUCGACCUCACUAAUCAGCUAAAAAUGUAGAUCAAUGUGACCAAUGAGAUUGCGAGGCUUUCCACCUCGAAAAUUGAAAGAGGAGGUCGCGCUCAAAAGGUCUUUCUUUCUGACGUUGCAC